AGCAGUGUAUAUAUUUAAGAUGGGCCUGGCAGAGAAUAUAACAUUCCCUGCAAUAAAGCUGUCUCCAUUAUAAUCGCAUAGUUUACACAGACCCACGCGGAUGUUUGACAAAUACAUCUGUUUGAAAAGACAUCCCGUGGUCUGUUUUGGUGCCUGAUGAUCUCAAUAAUUUAGGUAACGAUUCCCCCCUCUGGUCAACCUCUGGUAUGUUCUAUUGCCAAUUGUGUCAUGUACUGGAAAGGGGUCUCUAGAACAUACCAGAGGGGGGCAUCAUUUACUAGACUUCCUAAAUUAUUGGGAUCAUUUGGUUAACCCCAGUUUUAGGAAUACAUUGAGUUCAUUGACAAAAUAGACCAUUGUCAAAGGUCUGCAUGAAAUGUCUUAUCAAGGUCUGUUUUGAUAAUGAAGUCAAUGUAUUCCAAACAAUGGUGUCUGAUGAUCCCAAUAAUUUAGGUAAUGAUGCCACCGUCUGGUCAAUCUCUAGUUUGUUCUAUUGCGAAUUGUCUGGGACUCGUUAUUGUUUCCCUGUUUACUACUCAAAUAUAUUUAGCUUAUUAAGUCAAAUAAGACAUUAACUGCAAUACACUGAUCUCAAAUAUAUUAGCAUAACUAGGCUAAUCAGAGCCAUGGCAGACCCAUUGUAAAAUUCUAGGUUUUAUUGUAUUAAAUUUGUCCCAGUCCAACGUGCUAACUCUGCCCACUGGGGCGUGGCUUAUGGAGCGCUCUUUAAAAUACGCGCUCAUAUCAAUUUAUUCCAACAGAUCGAGUUCUCGUCACACAUGCACCCAUUUCGACCCGACAGGUGCGCUGCAAGUCACCUGGCAGAGGCUGUUCAAAGACGACUCGGUGGAGAAUCUGGCCACCUACAGCAAGCGGUUUGGAGCUCAAAUCAUAGACCCGCACCGAGGCAAGGUGGUUUUCACGGAGGCAUCUCUCAACUCGACGUCCAUUACGGUGAAGAAUGUAACAUGGGCGGACGAAGCCUGCUAUAUUUGUUCCUUCAAUGUUUACCCGAGUGGUUCAAUACGCAAGCAGACUUGUCUUACCGUUCAAGGGCUCUCUCAGCUGGUGAGAACACAGCAGGUUGUCACAGCAACCCUGGGAGAAGAUGCAGUCCUAAACUGUGAGCUCAUGACACCCAAAUACGUGCGGGAAGUCACCUGGCAAAAAGUGACAACUGGGCCGAAUGAAAAUGUGGCCACCUACAGCAAACAUUGGGGUCCCGUAGUCAACCCACCUUAUAAGGGGAAAGUGGAAGAUGAGGAACUUCAGACCUGCUCUAUCAUCAUAAGAGGAGGAGUGUCAAGAGGAGAUGAGUGCUGCUACAAAUGUCUGUUCAAUGCAUAUCCAGAUGGAGGUUUCAGUGUAAGGACCUGUCUCUCAAAGUCCAUGGACAAUCUGAUAUCAUUUAAAUAUAAUGAGUAGGUGUCAACAGGAACCAUGAUCAUCGAUGAACCUCAAUGUCACCCAUUUGAUUUUCCAUGUUUGAUGCUGUAUCUGCUUUAUGACUCGUGCUGUUCACUAUAAAUUGUGGUUGGCACAACACAUGCAUUUUAUGUGCCAUAAUGUAGUCACUGUUUUAAAUGUAUUGAAAUUACUUACAUUUUGAGAGAUGAAGACCUCUUUAAUUCCUUAUAUGGAUCUAUGGAUUGUGUUUCCCCCCCGUUUUAAUAUAAAAAUAUGCUGUAUUUAAAAAAAACGCAAACUGGCCAUUGUCACAUUGUUUAUAGUAACAUCACAAUUUAAAAUCAGGUGUAGGUUGUUAUUGCUCCUCCUUGUUUACAGUAAUAUUUAAUCAGGCAAAGGUUGUUAUAACUCUGUUUACAGUAAUAUCACCAUUUAAAUAAGGGGUAGGUUGUUAUAGCUCCUCCUUGUUUACAGUAACAUCACCAUUUAAGAUCUGGGAUAGGUUGUUAUAGCUCUGUUUACAGUAACAUCACCAUUUAAGAUCUGGGGUAGGUUGUUAUAGCUCUGUUUACAGUAAUAUCACCAUUUAAAAUCAGGGGUAGGUUGUUAAUAGCUCUGUUUACAGUAAUAUCACCAUAUCUGGGAUAGGUUGUUAUAGCUCUGUUUACAGUAACAUCACCAUUUAAAAUCAGGGGUAGGUUGUUAUAGCUCUGUUUACAGUAAUAUCACCAUUUAAAAUCAGGGGUAGGUUGUUAUAGCUCUGUUUACAGUAAUAUCACCAUUUAAAAUCAGGGGUAGGUUGUUAUAGCUCUGUUUACAGUAAUAUCACCAUUUAAAAUCAGGGGUAGGUUCUUAUAGCUCUGCGCCAGGCUCAUUUGGCUAUGUGUGUGUAAUAUUUCAGCUCCUUUCUGUUUUAUGACCUGAGAAGAGUUCCUUUAA